AUGCAUCCUCUCACCGAGACGCGCUUUCCAGGGGCUGCAGAAGAAGGAUGGAAAGCCUUGAAGUCGUAUGCUGGUGGUCCCAUGCAAGUCCCGCACCGCGACUUUAAGGUCAACGCCGCGGAUCAAUUCGACUUUUGGAAUUAUCACCAGGUGCCGGGCUCGACGCUCCUGGCACUACAGAAUGGCACUAGGUUUCGAGGAUUUGCGUGGAAUCACAUCGGAGCGGACUUGUCGGAGGAAACUAUGAUUGAGCUUAAUCGAGGAGAUGUGCUCGUGUUUCGUGGGGAGUUCAUUUACAGUGGGGCCGCUUACGACAGGAUGAACAUUCGCAUACGCUGCUACCUCGUACCACCUGAAUACCACCACAACCCGAACACGACAGAAAUCCUGGCAGUACUCGACCCCGAGGCAAUGCGAGCUCCUGAGAACCAGUGCCCGACUUGUCAGGAGCGCAAGAGACUGAGGCAGACGUUGAGUAAAGCGGACGUGAUUGAGGCGAUACGAAGUGUAGGAACCCCACUCUUCAGAUGA